AUGGCCACCAUCCAGUCAGAGACUGACUGUUAUGACAUCAUUGAAGUCCUGGGCAAGGGCACUUUUGGAGAGGUGGCCAAGGGCUGGCGUCGGAGUACGGGCGAAAUGGUGGCGAUCAAGAUCCUAAAGAACGAUGCGUACCGGAGCCGCAUCAUCAAGAACGAGUUAAAGCUGUUGCGCUGUGUACGAGGCCUGGACCCCGACGAGGCCCACGUUAUCCGCUUCCUCGAGUUCUUCCACGACGCCCUCAAGUUCUACCUGGUCUUUGAGCUACUGGAGCAAAACCUCUUUGAGUUCCAGAAAGAGAACAACUUCGCGCCCCUUCCUGCCAGGCACAUCCGCACCGUCACACUGCAGGUGCUCAGAGCGCUGGCGCGGCUCAAGGAGCUAGCCAUCAUCCAUGCCGACCUCAAGCCUGAAAACAUUAUGCUGGUGGACCAGACCCGCUGCCCCUUCAGGGUGAAGGUGAUCGACUUUGGCUCGGCCAGCAUAUUCAGUGAGGUGCGCUAUGUGAAGGAGCCUUACAUCCAGUCCCGCUUCUACAGGGCCCCAGAGAUCCUGUUGGGGCUGCCCUUCUGUGAGAAGGUGGACGUGUGGUCUCUGGGCUGUGUCAUGGCCGAGCUACAUCUGGGCUGGCCUCUCUACCCAGGCAACAAUGAGUAUGACCAGGUGCGCUACAUCUGUGAGACCCAGGGCUUACCCAAGCCCCAUCUGCUGCACGCGGCCCGCAAGGCUCACCACUUCUUCAAGCGUAACCCCCACCCCGAUGCCACCAACCCCUGGCAGCUGAAGUCCUCUGCUGACUACCUAGCUGAGACCAAGGUCCGGCCUCUGGAGCGCCGCAAGUACAUGCUCAAGUCCUUGGACCAGAUUGAGACGGUGAAUGGCGGCGGGGCUGUGAGCCGGCUGAGCUUUCCAGACCGGGAGGCCCUCGCGGAACACGCAGACCUCAAGAGCAUGGUCGAGCUGAUCAAACGCAUGCUGACGUGGGAGUCGCAUGAGCGCAUCAGUCCCAGCGCGGCCCUGCGCCACCCCUUCGUGUCCAUGCAGCAGCUGCGGAGCGCCCACGAGGCCACCCGCUACUACCAGCUGUCGCUCCGUGGCUGUCGGCUGUCCCUGCAGGUGGAUGGCAAGCCACCCCCACCUGGCAUAGCCAGUGCAGAGGACGGGCCUCCCUACUACCGCCUGGCGGAGGAGGAGGAGACUGCAGGCCUGGGUGGUGUCACGGGCAGUGGGGCCUUCUUCAGGGAGGACAAGGCUCCGGGAAUGCAGAGGGCCAUCGACCAGCUCGACGACCUGAGUCUGCAGGAGGCCAGACGGGGGCUGUGGAGCGACACACGGGCCGACAUGGUCUCUGACAUGCUGGCCCCACUCAAAGUAGCCAGUACCAGCCAUCGAGUCCCGGACUCGGGCCCGGAGCCCAUCCUGGCCUUCUACGGCAGCCGCUUGACCAGCCGUCAUAAGGCCCGCAAGGCCCCAGCAGGCUCCAAAUCUGACUCCAACUUCAGUAACCUCAUUCGGCUGAGCCAGGCCUCGCCCGAGGAUGCCGGGCCCUGUCGGGGCAGCGGCUGGGAGGAAGGAGAGGGCCGAGCGGCCUCCACAGAGCCAUCUGUCAUCCCGCAACGGGAAGGAGAUGGGCCCAGCAUCAAAGACAGGCCCAUGGAUGCUGAGAGGUCAGGCCCGGAGCUCUUCGACCCCAGCAGCUGUCCUGGAGAGUGGCUGAAUGAGCCAGAAUGGACCCUAGAGGGCAUCCGGGGGUCUCGAGCUCAAGGGCUCCCAGCUCGCCAUCCCCACCCACACGGGCCACCCAGGACCACCAGCUUUCUGCAGCACGUUGGAGGGCACCACUGAUGGGGA